CAAUUGCCUGUUCAGAGCCUUGGGUGACCAGUUGGAGGGUCAUUCCCGGAACCAUCUCAAGCACCGACAAGAGACGGUUGACUAUAUGAUAAGGCAGCGGGAAGAUUUCGAGCCCUUUGUGGAAGACGACAUUCCUUUUGAGAAGCAUGUGGCCAGUUUGUCAAAGCCUGGUACUUUUGCUGGCAAUGAUGCAAUUGUAGCCUUUGCAAGAAACCAUCAGUUGAAUGUGGUGAUCCAUCAGCUUAAUGCCCCUUUGUGGCAGAUUCGAGGCACGGACAAAAGCAGUGUGAGGGAGCUACACAUCGCCUACCGGUAUGGUGAACACUACGACAGUGUUCGGAGGAUCAAUGACAACUCAGAAGCGCCGGCCCAUCUGCAGACCGAUUUCCAGAUACUUCAUCAAGAUGGAGCAAAUAAAAAAGAAAAGAUCAAGAUAAAAGGGGGGGACUUUGAAGAUGGCCCAAGAGAUGAAGUGGAAGAUGCUGUCCAGAAAGUUGGCAAUGCAACUGGGUGCUCAGAUUUUAAAUUAAUAGUCCAGAACCUGGAAGCUGAAAAUUACAAUAUUGAAUCUGCAAUAAUCGCCAUGCUUCAGAUGAACCAGGGUAAAGGAAACAAUGUGAAGGAGAACCUUGAGCCUAGUGACCAAGUGUCAAAGCAGUGUGACCCUUCAUCUCAGGAGACAGGCAGCGGCUCCACACUCCUUGGAAAUCAGGGUGAAAAUGAAGGCCAUACGGAAAACAGUAAGGCUCGGGCCAGACCUAGUGAAGAAAACAAAGCAAAUAAAAACCAGAUCCCAAAGGUUUCAAACAAGCAGCGGAGGGAGCAACAGCGACUGGAGAAGAAGAAACGGCAGGAGGAGAGCCCCCGCCACAAAGCCCUGGAGAGCAGGAGCAGCCACAGGGACGUCAGCAGAAGCGAAGCAGAUGUGAACACGCAGGUUACCUUGGUGAAGACCUUUGCUGCUCUCAACAUCUGACUCUCAGGCCCCUGAGAGGUGGAGGACAAACACUGCAGACCAGGCGUCCCAGCCAGGUGUCCUGACAGCGCCCACGAACAAGCCCACAGGAGUUCUUCCUUCAAGCUGCCUCUUUUGUCCUUAGCUUUGUCAGUGUUUUGUUGUGCGACAGUAUGGUGAAGCCAUUUGCCUUCUGGAACACAAAGAAAGUACUGAGCCGAGGGUGGGUCGAGAGGAGGGAGCCUUUGGAGUGUGGCAAUCCUAGGCUCUUCCGUGAUGUGUGGGUGGGUUUGCUGUAAAUUAUCUUGAAGUUGUUCAGCACAAUCAUUAGAAAUCCACAGUGACAACUUCCUUUGUUUCUCACUCAUUUUCAAGCAGGGGUGCACGUCUUAGUUUACCAGCUCAAGAGGGUGUUGAGAUCUGAUUUGUUUCUGACCCAGGUUAUUUGGGCAUGCCAGUGGUAUGACAGGGUCGGUGGCUCACAGCAGUCAGGGACAUCAACUAUAUCUCCCUUCUUCCUGUCUCUGGUAUCAUCUCAGCGCGUGGCUGUCUUCCCCACUCUAGCCGUGUGGGCCGUGUGCCUGGCUGUGGGCGAGCCUGGGCUUUGCUGGGAGCUCCACAGUGCAGCGGAGUUUGCCAUGUUUUUCUGAACAGGUAGGAGAUGGUGUGGCGCUGCUUGAGGCACACCUUUGACCUUUGAACCCUGAUGUGCAGGCCUGAGUCCAUAGCUGAAUGGUGGUGGGGGGAGGCUCUUGAGUUUUUCCUCCGUAGAACCUGAAGACUUGUUCUAUGGAGUCUAUAAAGUUUUCCAAGGUUGAAUUUUAAGUAACUAUGUUUUUCUUUUUGAUAUGCUAGACUCAGAAAGAUGCCUACAGAGAAAUAAGUGGUCGCUUGACCUUACAGGUUGCUAAAUUUUCUUAACAUGUGAAAAUGAAAUAGAAUCCCAGCACUCAAGCAAGGCAGGGUUGCUGCAAGGCUGAGGCUACCCUGGGCUAUGCAGUGAGUUCCAGACUAGCCAGGGUUAGAAUAAAAGGCCCUGUUUCACUCCCUACCUAAGGGAAGUAUCUUGUAAUGUGCUAUUGGUGUUUUCUUUCAGUACUGGGAACAGUGCAGCAGUGGCUGGGGCUGUCUGUGACUGGGCUGGAUGGCCAGGGAGAGGGCCUAUACUGUUGGAGGCCUUUGAAUGACUCAGUUCUGAGGCACCCUCAAGUAGGGAGAAGUGCUGUUCACCAGGUGAGGCUAUAUGUUUACUUUAAGCCAUCACACAUAGGGGACAAUCAUGACUGAAGUCUGUCUUCUGGGAAACUAGUAUUCAGACUAAUGCUGAGUCAAAAGAUGAAUUCUUUGUUGUCCUGUACUUCCUAUGUACAGGGCAUUGAAAUAUUGUACAGAUUUGAAAACUACAUGGCAUUUUUUUUCCCUCCUCAGUUGAAGACUCAUGCCUCAGUUCCCAAAAGGGAAGACAGUGGCCGUGGUGCUCAAAGUAAUAGAAGUGGGGCUGGCUCUGGAGCCAGUGUUCUCUGUGGUCACCCGGGACAGGGUCUGGGUUGGCUGAACUCAUCUGAAUAGCAGCUCUCUGAUCGUUGUUUUGUACUACCUGAACACAGAAUGCCAGGUCUCUGCAGAAAGGUUAGCAUUGUUUAUCAAAUCCCAGGGUUGAAAGUCAGAAGUGGCGGGGCUGUUGGGAGCAGGCUUGGUGAUAGAGCCCUUGCUUAGUGUGUGGGAAGCCCAUCCCUGGUACUUAAAGACCCAAGCUGUGGCUAGUUGUCAGCAGCCUCUUGGACACUCAAGGAGCUGCUGUUUACCUGGCUGAGGACAGUGUGGGCCUCUCGGGUGUCAGAGCUGCUGUGGAGGUCAGGUCGCUAAAGAGUGCUUUUAUUUACAAAUUGUCAUUUUGUUCUGGGUGAUCUGCUUCCAGAAGGCGGUGGCUAUGCUUUCCUGAUUACAAUGGCAGUCUCUUCAACGCAGUUUUCUCUUGUCACUGUCCACAGUUUCCACUUUCAGUUGGUGUGUUUCUGUAAUGUGCUAAUUAUUGGAAGUGGGGUGCCUGCACCCAGCUUCAGCAUGUUGUCCGGCUCAGGCUCGGAAUGUCCUCACUGCCUCAGUCUCACUGAGGUGGUCUAUAGGCAUGGCUAGUAUAGUGGGCACCUGAGGUUUCCUCCUUGGCAGCCAGUGUGAGGCCCACCCGGUACAUUGAACUUUGGGGUGGUGACAGUUAACACUGUUCCUCUCUCUGGUCCAGGUGCUCAGAGGGAAGCUGACUGUCUUGGCUGCUACCUGAGAAAGUCAUGGUAGCUCAUCUUGAGGACACAAAGGAAAGCCACAGUACUUCAUGUGGUUCACUGACCUUAUAAACUCUGUGAAGGAUUUUCUAGAUUUUAAGAAUAAUUUUUUAGGGUCAAAAUAAGAAAAAAAAAAAAAUGAUGGCAACACUUGGCACUGGAGGCAGAUGAAUUAGAACAACACAGCCCAGGCUUGAUAGUGCAGCCCCCUGGGAGACUGGGUUGAGAAUACUUAUUCAUUUGGGUUUCAACAGAGCAUCUCCCGGUGGGGAUCAGAGUCUGGUCAGGGAUUAUGGCAGGAAGAAAAGUCUGAAGUGUCCCCCAGGGUUUCCUGUAGCUUCUUCUGUGAGCUCUGAAAACACUUCUAACCCCAUUUUGAUUGUGUAAGUGAAGGAGGCUGACCUUGCAGGGCAGCUGGCGUGGGGCUCUGUGGGGAACCUUUCUGUAGCUCAGGCAUAACAUCCUGUUCCCCUGGGGAACAGAGCAGGACUAGUGACAGUGGCUCGGGUUACCUUGUAGUGUCAGGUGGACUUUGCCAGUGCACUGCGCUCAAGUCCGUCACAUUCUAAGAAACGACUGUUUGCCUGGGUUUUAUCAGGACAACACAGAGCGCCCUUAUUUUACCUCUGAAAUGUUCAGCUCAGACAUCCAGCUGAGUAGAAGAACCCCAGGUCCCCAGAGAGAGUGGACUCAGUCACCCCGAGCAGGGUGUGAGCAAAAAGGGAAGGAGCCUCCCGAGAGUUGCGGCCUCAAAAGUCCUUCUUGAACCACAUGUGGGCAUGCGGUUUCUCACCUCCCCGACCUGUAGGCCCAGGCCGGGUGCAGGGCUUCAGUCUUGUCCUUGCCUUUACCUGCUGCCUGCUUCCUUUCCCUUGAAGGUUGGGUGUCGCUUUUGCCCAGCGUUGCCCCCAGCAGUCCAAGAGGCACUUUUACAGGAGCACAUCCCUUAUUCUGGCAGGCAGGCUAUCAUUUCCAAGGUCAUUGUUGAGUUGAGUUGAGCUGUGUAUUUAGGUUCUGUGUUUAGGUUCUAGAAGUUGACUGCUGGGGUCAGUCGAUGGUUUCUGCUGAGUGGAGGCAUCACCGUGCCUCUGUCCCAAGUGGGAGUGCAAGGUGUGAGGCUCAGGAGAAAGCUGUGUUCUGUGAUAGCCUGGCUGUCUGUCCCAGGUAAAGACCUGACUGUUUCUUUCUUCAGUUGGUUUUUUUAGAGUCUCACUCUUUGUUUUAUAGUUCAGUUGAAAUGUUGGCCUUUUCGCGGUCACUGGAGAAGGCCGGUGGCCAUGCAGAGGGCACUCUCUCUAGUUGCACACUGGCACAGUAACUUUACAUAAGCAGGGCAGACUUGUGAUCCAGGGCUCCUUUUGCUCUGUCCUGAGCACAGGAAGAAACCUUGGGGUCUGGCUCAGACGAGCAUCCUGCAGGCCGCCAUGCAUCCCCACAGUCCUGUUAGCCACUAUGGCAAUCAGUGAAGCUCAUCAGCCCUCUCCUGUGGUUUGAGCCCCACCAGCCUUCUGUUGAAACCUAAGCCCUGCUGGUGUGGGGCUCUUCAAGUCUUCCUAUUCUUGGGGUGCAUUUUCCAUGGAGGUUACCUUCUCAGCAUCUCUCACCAAGCACUAAGCUAGGAGAAGGGGAGACAAGGGCCUUGAGUCAUGCUCACACCAUCCUGAGUGCUGAUGUCUGUCCAUCGCCCUAGAAAGGGCCAGUGUAUCUGCCUUCUCUUUCUAAUUGCACUGUCCUUAUACUAGCUUUAGUCUAGAGAGAUCUAAGAUCUCUUUGGGUCAUGACCCAUAGACUUAGCAAGUCUGCCUUAGCUAUGGAGUGUAGAGGUGAGAAAACCAUUUCCUAGUGUCUGGAGCCCAUUUCCCCUAGACUAUCUGUUUUCACAGAUGUGUUCAUCUGAAUCAUUUUAUUUUUUAUUUACCAAAGUACUGUACUUGGCUAUUUGCAGUGUUUUAAGAACCAAAUGUUUUUGUGUUUUUGAUCUUCAACACUUGGUGCAAUAGAAGCCGCAAAGACGUGCCACUUUAUCUUUGAAAUGGACUUUGUAUACCAAUAAAUUCUAGUUUAAAAGCAAA